AUGCGGGUCCCGCGACCAGAGUUCUCGGGGCCGGGCGCCCUCGCCCGGCGCAGCUCGGGAGGUCGGACUGGGGUCGCGCGGGGGGCGCUCGCCGUCCCCUCCCCCGCGCUCUGGCGGCGCGGCGAGUGGGCCCCGGGCGCGCAGCAGGCCGGCGCGAGCUCGCCUGUCCCCUCCCCUUCCCCACCUUCGCGGCGGCGGGGGGGCCCCGGUCCCGCUCGCCGGGGCCGCCGCCGGGCGGUCCGGCAGGUGCCAGCGCUGACGGGGUGCUGGGUGCCCCGGGCCCAGGACGGGGAUGCGCCCGAGCGGCCCGAGCUCCCCUCCCCGGACGCCCCGAGCCCCAAAUAA